AUGGAAUGUCCUAAAAGAGCUGCAGCGACGGAUGUUUCUAUAAGAAUGGUGGAAUCUGUUGGUGCAAAAAGACAAGAUGUUGUAUUUGAUAUGAGCUGCGAAGGAGUAGAACAGCUUUUCCCAUGGGUCAAUAUACCAACCGGUAUUUCUGAAAUAGAAAGAGAAGACUGCUAUUAUUCCGCGAUGUUUGAUCCGAUUUUGGACGAGACUACUGAUUUCAGCUGUAAGCGUAGAGAAUACGUAGCUGGCAUCGCGCGUUUGACUGAUACACGGCUACAAAUUCUUUGUUGUCGUCUUCGUUCUCGUGAUGAGUUCAAUUGCCGAGAAACACCUUUCAACAAGCCUAUUGGUCUCAGCAAGAGUACAAUCAUUGAACAUGAGAACCAGCUAAUAAAUGCAAUUCGUAUUGAAAACCAAGCUUACGUGGUGAGGUUCUGCGACCUAGCGCCACGGAACAUUGCUGAUAUCUACGGAGAUACGAAAAAGACGACAACCCGCAAGCAUACUGCUUCUCCCAAAUCGUACACGUUAGUGCGCACUUUCUAUGCCCUUUCGAAACUUAUAUUUGGAUAUGAGGAUCAAAAUGUAAAUGUUAAGUUCCAGGAAAGACACGACCGUGCCCCACAUCUCAACUCUCACAUCUCCUACAACCCAACGCUCCGAAUCUGUACCAACAACCCAACGUACUGA